AUUACGGAAGUAGGCAUUCCAAACAGAUUCCCGUUGGAAGAGUAAAAUACAGUAGAUCAUCGCCUUCCUUUCAUUAAAACAAAUUUUUAUCUUGGACUAACCAUUUCUCAAUAAGACGAUGGGCACUAGAGAUGACGAAUAUGAUUAUUUGUUCAAAGUGGUCCUUAUUGGUGACUCGGGUGUGGGGAAGAGUAACCUGCUGUCCCGUUUCACCCGCAAUGAGUUCAACCUGGAGAGUAAGAGCACCAUCGGAGUCGAGUUUGCCACGCGCAGCAUCCAGGUAGACGGCAAGACGGUGAAGGCUCAGAUCUGGGAUACAGCCGGCCAGGAGCGCUACCGUGCCAUCACAUCAGCGUACUACCGUGGGGCGGUGGGGGCUCUCCUGGUCUACGACAUUGCAAAGCAUCUAACUUAUGAAAAUGUGGAGCGCUGGCUGAAGGAGCUGAGAGAUCACGCUGACAGCAACAUUGUCAUCAUGCUGGUGGGCAACAAGAGCGACCUGCGUCACCUCCGGGCUGUUCCCACCGACGAGGCGCGGGCUUUUGCUGAGAAGAAUGGUUUAUCUUUCCUGGAGACAUCGGCUCUGGACUCCACCAACGUUGAGACGGCCUUCCAGACCAUUCUGACAGAGAUCUACCGUAUCGUCUCCCAGAAGCAAAUGUCGGAGCGUCAGGAGAGCGACAUGUCCCCCAGCAACAACGUGGUCAACAUCCAGGUGCAGCCCACUGAAAACAAACCAAAGAUGCAGUGCUGUCAGAACAUCUAGCCCAGCCCGCGGAUCUGCUGCUACCCACUCCCCUCCCCCCUUCGCCUCCCCUCCCUCCCCAGUUCCCAUCUGCCCCGGCUCACAUCUUCUCAAACCCCGCCCUCAGAAAAUAGACUGCCUCAGUGUGGUGCGGGAGGGACGAGCCACAGCUUCAAGGCUGUGACCCGAACUCUGCACCUAAUCUGUACCUGCCACCCCAAACCCAAACCCCUCCUCCGCCCCAAGCCCCGGGUAAAUAUAUCCCAGUAUAAGAAGUCACUGCGUGGGGGUGACCCCCCCCCAAGCAGAGCCCCUCUGUCGUUAGGCUACUGCAGGACAGCAGGCAGCAGGCAUUUCAUAUCACUUUAGAUUUCAUUACUGUAGAUGCGCUGACAUGUCACAAAAAUGUCUUAAUAUAUGAAUGUGAUUUUGUUUUCUUCAUAUUUGUUGCUCAUGUUGAUUCCUCCACUUUUUUAUGAUCUUUCUCUGUCUUGUAUCAUAUAUCUACUACUAGGUAUAUAUGAAUUUAAAGCACAUCAAAGUUGCUCUGAAGUGUAUUCCCACAUAAAAGCUUCUGUCAUUUUAGCCACCCCCCCCCCCCCCUCCCUCCCUCCCCCUCUCCUCUUUAGUGCAAUGUACUGUUUUGGAAACCAUGUGGAUGUAUCGAGCACGGAGUAGACUCAUGUGCUCUGGAAGUGUCAUGCCAUGUGAUCUGAUUGCUGUGAAUAUGAUGCUAUUGAAACGUAGAAACUUUUUUUUGCAUUUGCCGAGCUUCAGUUAGCGCAGUGGAAAGAGCCGGGCGUGUGCUUGCAUGUAGCGCGUUGUCGUCACCGUGUUUACAGCAGGUGGCAGGGUCGGGCUAGCUUUGCAUGUCUUUAAAAAAAGAAAAAAGAUGGCACUCUGCUGCAUGUUUUAUCGGGCAAAAGACUCAAUCUGGACUCUGUGGAACACUAUCUUUGCCUUGAGGGUGUGUGUGUAAUGUCGCCGUGAAAGCUGAACACAACUCGUGUACAUUCUGAUUUUCUUGUUGUCCUACUUUAUGUCUGUGUGGCUUCACACAGAGACACUCAUGCUUAUACUGAGAAGGAUUUUCUGACUGAAGACAUUAGUCCAUCGGGCUUUUCCUGCUCCAACAUUAGGGGAACAGAAUGCAUUCAUUUCUUGACUACAACUAUGCAGAAACUAGCACAUGGCUGUUUGGAUUUUUUGUUUCUUAGAGCACUUCUAUAGCAAAUGAAGGAAGCAGCAGAAGUAUGAGUAACUGAUCUAGUAUUCUCGUAUGACAUUCUUAUGAUACUCGAUGAUAUUAUAAUAAGAAAUCUCCAGUCUAAGCAAAUGAUGCUUUGCAUGCAACCACAGAACCGUAGUUAGGACGCACCUGAGAAAGUAGGAAAUGGAAAAUGUCUUUCACCCUCUAGGUUGUUUUCAUGAGCGUGAAAUUGUCACAAUCUUGCACUGAACCUUAAUACAUGCUUUGUGUCUAGGAUUAGAUUUUUACUGCAAAUGGAGAAUCUGGACCUAUUUGUCAGAUAAUAUGUACCGUUUUUAUGACGGUGCUUCUCUUCAAAAACCAAAAUAUUAUGUUCAGCACUGCAGAACAUAGGCUGAGUCUCAAAGGUCUUGCCUUAUAUCCUCUACACUAACUAACUAAAGGCUUGAUGAAGGAGACAAGGAAUCAAGGAAAACAUUUUUGGGAUUCAGCCACAUUCUUGCCAACUUCUGGUCACAGUGCCUCCUUCACCUGUCCCAAAACGCCUCUCUGCUAACAGCUCACCAUCAUACCCGCCUCCUCCUCGACCAAUAACCCUGCUCGGUCUGUCCCUCGAGGAGACAGACAGCCGUGUUGUCCCCGUCACAUUAAGCCUAUGUACACCGAGCUGCCUCUGACUUCAACACAAUGCAUGGCUUUCUGUUACGACUGCAACUCCGUGUCGUAUCGCCUUAUGUAGCUAACAUUGUCAUUACUUUCCAUGAAACCUGCUGAGGGUGAGGCUUGGCGAGCUAGGGUGACAUGCUUUACAAGCUAAUUGUUGUGUCCAGUCUGUAAACUGACAGAUGCCUCGCUAACAACCUACUUUGCUAAAACUCCAGAGUGUGUGUUCUGUUGAAUUCCCAGGUUCUAGCUGUGUCAGUGUGUGAUGGUGUUAGCAGACAUGUACAAUGCCUGAACUUGGUGCGUGUGUAUGUGCGUUUAGAGGCAGAGGGUAGAUGGGUAGUUCUGGAGUGUGUGAGCCUGGCUGGCAGUGCCAAUGGCGUUUCUUCGAACAGACGGCGCCGCCAGUCGAGCCUCUCCAGACUCACUUAGCUGGCAAUCUGGACGAAGUGAUUCCUUUUGUUCUGAAAAUAUGAUUUCUGAUCCUGUUUCAUGUACCUCCAUUGUUAUGUGUUUUUUUUAAAUAAGUGUUUUGAUUUUUUUUUUUUACUAUAUUGAAUUCUAUAACUGACUGUAAUUCCAGUGUAAACGUGUUAAGAGUGAAAUGAUGUCAUUUCAAUGAAUUUGGAGGGUUAAAUGUGAGAGGGGGGGUCAAAAUGAAUGGUUUUAUGUUUUGUACAGAUUGAUAAAUUGUACAAUUGUGUCUAUAUCUUAAGUUAUCAGUUCAUCUUAAUAAAGCGCACCAGUCAUAAACCUUUA